UUAUCUAUCUAUAUCUAGGAGGCAUCAGUCAUGGCUGAGCUGCACCAUCACAAUGUGGUGUGUAUUUUGGGGGUAGUUACCCAGGAACAGCCUGUCUGCAUGCUGUUUGAGUUCCUGAACCAGGGGGACCUACAUGAGUUCCUCAUCAUGCGUUCUCCUCACUCUGACGUGGGCUGUAGUAGUGAUGAGGACGGGACCAUCAAGUCUGUCCUGGACCACGGAGACUUCCUGCACCUGGCCAUCCAGGUGGCUGCUGGUAUGGAAUACCUGGCCAGUCACUCCUUCGUCCAUAAGGACCUGGCAGCCCGUAACAUCCUAGUGGGGGAACGGCUCCACGUCAAGAUAUCUGACCUGGGUCUGUCCCGAGAGAUCUAUGCCUCCGACUACUACAGGGUCCAGCCCAAGGCUUUACUCCCGAUCCGAUGGAUGCCUCCUGAGUCCAUGGCCUAUGGGAAGUUCACGUCGGAGUCAGAUAUCUGGGCGUUUGGCGUGGUGCUGUGGGAGAUCUUCAGCUACGGCCUGCAGCCCUACUACGGCUUCAGCAACCAGGAGGUCAUGGAGAUGGUGAGGAAACGCCAGCUGCUGCCCUGCCCAGAGGACUGCCCCCCCAGGGUCUUCAGCCUGAUGACAGAGUGCUGGCAGGAGGGCCCAGCGAGGCGUCCGCGGUUUAAGGAUAUCCACCUUCGUCUCCGGGCCUGGGAGGGGCUGUCAUCCCAUGCCAGUUCUAGUACCCCAUCAGGAGGCGGGGGCAACGCCACCACCCAGACCACCUCGUUGAGUGCUAGUCCUGUCAGUAACCUCAGCAACCCACGCUAUGCCGCUGCAGGCUACCUCUACCCAGCCCAGGGGAUACCCGCGCCAGGUCACCCGGGCCACCAAAUGGCAGGCUGGACCCCAAUGACCCAUGGAGCACCCAUGGCCCAGAACCAGCACCAACACCAAUGCUUCAUCCCUGUCAAUGGCUACCCCAUCCCCCCAGGCUAUGCUGCCUUUCCUGCAGCCCACUUCCAGGCCCAGGGCCCCCCCAGGGGGGUGCAACACCUCCCCCCGCCCAAGAGCAGAUCUCCCAGCAGUGCUAGCGGCUCCACCAGCACCGGUCAUGUGGCCAGCUUGCCGUCCACGGGGUCUAAUCACGAUGCGAACACGCCACUGCUGUCACACUGCGUGGCGAUAUCUGCCCUGCCAGGGGGCGGGACCAUGCAGGUGUACGGACACAUGUCCCAGAAGGCUUUGCAACAGAUGGACCCCUCACAGACGUCCGCACUGCUGGCCGACGCCAACAGACUUAUGUACAGCGAUUCAAUCAUCACCGCUGAUGUGUAAAACACUACAGACCUGGACUUUAUAAUAUCUCAUCUGGCCGACGCCAACAGACUCAUGUACAGCGUUUCAAUCAUCACCGCUGAUGUGUAAAACACUACAGACCUGGACUUUAUAAUAUCUCAUCUGGCCGACGCCAACAGACUCAUGUACAGCGUUUCAAUCAUCACCGCUGAUGUGUAAAUACACUACAGACCUGGACUUUAUAAUAUCUCAUCUGGCCGACGCCAACAGACUCAUGUACAGCGUUUCAAUCAUCACCGCUGAUGUGUAAAACACUACAGACCUGGACUUUAUAAUAUCUCAUCUGGCCGACGCCAACAGACUCAUGUACAGCGUUUCAAUCAUCACCGCUGAUGUGUAAAACACUACAGACCUGGACUUUAUAAUAUCUCAUCUGGCCGACGCCAACAGACUCAUGUACAGCGUUUCAAUCAUCACCGCUGAUGUGUAAAUACACUACAGACCUGGACUUUAUAAUAUCUCAUCUGGCCGACGCCAACAGACUCAUGUACAGCGUUUCAAUCAUCACCGCUGAUGUGUAAAACACUACAGACCUGGACUUUAUAAUAUCUCAUCUGGCCGACGCCAACAGACUCAUAUACAGCGUUUCAAUCAUCACCGCUGAUGUGUAAAUACACUACAGACCUGGACUUUAUAAUAUCUCAUCUGGCCGACGCCAACAGACUUAUGUACAGGGAUUCAAUCAUCACCGCUGAUGUGUAAAUACACUACAGACCUGGACUUUAUAAUAUCUCAUCUGGUUGAUUUCAUGCUUUGUUUCCUUACCUGUUUUCUUUGUUUUUCUAAUAAAAUUAUUAUAAUUAUUGUUUCAACUUUUUACUCUACUUGUAAAUACAUGUACGUAAAUCCCAAAUGAAUGAAAUGCAAAGAUUUAUAUUCAAUUAACUUGUUUUAAUAAGAGAGCUAGAAGUCGUGGCCUGCCUCCUAUUCUGAAACUCAAACUGCCUGAAUAGACUCUUAAUGAAUCUACUCUACCUGCCUGGAUAGACUCUUAAUGAAUCUACUCUACCUGCCUGGAUAGACUCUUAAUGAAUCUACUCUACCUGCCUGGAUAGACUCUUAAUGAAUCUACUCUACCUGCCUGGAUAGACUCUUAAUGAAUCUACUCUACCUGCCUGGAUAGACUCUUAAUGAAUCUACUCUACCUGCCUGGAUAGACUCUUAAUGAAUCUACUCUACCUGCCUGGAUAGACUCUUAAUGAAUCUACUCUACCUGCCUGGAUAGACUCUUAAUGAAUCUACUCUACCUGCCUGGAUAGACUCUUAAUGAAUCUACUCUACCUGCCUGGAUAGACUCUUAAUGAAUCUACUCUACCUGCCUGGAUAGACUCUUAAUGAAUCUACUCUACCUGCCUGGAUAGACUCUUAAUGAAUCUACUCUACCUGCCUGGAUAGACUCUUAAUGAAUCUACUCUACCUGCCUGGAUAGACUCUUAAUGAAUCUACUCUACCUGCCUGGAUAGACUCUUAAUGAAUCUACUCUACCUGCCUGGAUAGACUCUUAAUGAAUCUACUCUACCUGCCUGGAUAGACUCUUAAUGCAUCUACUCUACCUGCCUGGAUAGACUCUUAAUGAAUCUACUCUACCUGCCUGGAUAGACUCUUAAUGAAUCUACUCUACCUGCCUGGACAGACUCUUAAUGAAUCUACUCUACCUGCCUGGACAGACUCUUAAUGAAUCUACUCUACCUGCCUGGAUAGACUCUUAAUGAAUCUACUCUACCUGCUUGGAUAGACUCUUAAUGAAUCUACUCUACCUGCCUGGACAGACUCUUAAUGAAUCUACUCUACCUGCCUGGACAGACUCUUAAUGAAUCUACUCUACCUGCCUGGAUAGACUCUUAAUGAAUCUACUCUACCUGCCUGGACAGACUCUUAAUGAAUCUACUCUACCUGCCUGGAUAGACUCUUAAUGAAUCUACUCUACCUGCUUGGAUAGACUCUUAAUGAAUCUACUCUACCUGCCUGGACAGACUCUUAAUGAAUCUACUCUACCUGCCUGGACAGACUCUUAGUAAACUCUGAAUCAGCCACUUCUUGAUUUUCUGGAGCACUUUAGGGCUGUUCUGCAGUAGGGUGUGGUGUUGUUGGACUGGAGGGGCCAUGUUCUGCAGUAGGGUGUGGUGUUGUUGGACUGGAGGGGCCAUGUUCUGCAGUAGGGUGUGUUGUUGUUGGACUGGAGGGGCCAUGUUCUGCAGUAGGGUGUGGUGUUGUUGGACUGGAGGGGCCAUGUUCUGCACAGCGCUAUGCAAUAACAUAGCACUCAUACCCUCUGCAUCACUCUCCAUAGUUAUGUGCCUCCACAGUUAUGUGCCUCCACAGUUAUGUGCCUCCACGGUCUCCACAGUUAUGUGUGUCCACUAGACUCUCUUCUCAAUACAGGGUUCUCUUCAUAUUUCACUGAUGUAGAGGUACUAGGACUGAAUCAGACGAUUGUUUAACCAGCCAUACUUCUCUCUCCAAUCUGUGAGCAUGUCUCUCUUCCCCUCUAUCACCCUCUUACAAUAGAUCAGUUAUGCAAUAUGGCUCUUACAUUGGCUCUGCAGUCUUUGAUCUAUCCAUUUAUUGUUGUUUUUAUGAUAUGAAGAAAUAGUACUGAUACAUGUAUGUUCAUCAUAACUUCUUUCUCAAAGCAAUCAAUAUAACAAAAAUGUCUGACAGCAGGGUGAAGGAAUGAUCAAAUAUAGGUAUGAAUCUGAAAUCCAACCACAUUUUACCAGACAGCUCACAAAAUCAGCUACAAUACAGUAUAUUUCACCUCACUUUAAAGUGUUUGUUGCUAUGCAACUACUUAGUACAAAUACUCAUUGUUUGCCUGUACAGAAAGAGAACAAGCACUUGCCCUCCAUACUUACUCUGGUAUAAUACACAUCUCUUCCAUACUUACUCUGGUAUAAUACACAUCUCUUCCAUACUUACUCUGGUAUAAUACACAUCGCUACCAUACUUACUCUGGUAUAAUACACAUCUCUUCCAUACUUACUCUGGUAUAAUACACAUCUCUACCAUACUUACUCUGGUAUAAUACACAUCUCUUCCAUACUUACUCUGGUAUAAUACACAUCUCUACCAUACUUACUCUGGUAUAAUACACAUCUCUUCCAUACUUACUCUGGUAUAAUACACAUCUCUACCAUACUUACUCUGGUAUAAUACACAUCUCUUCCAUACUUACUCUGGUAUAAUACACAUCUCUACCAUACUUACUCUGGUAUAAUACACAUCUCUACCAUACUUACUCUGGUAUAAUACACAUCUCUUCCAUACUUACUCUGGUAUAAUACACAUCUCUACCAUACUUACUCUGGUAUAAUACACAUCUCCUCCAUACUUACUCUGGUAUAAUACACAUCUCUUCCAUACUUACUUUAGUAUAAUACACAUCUCUUCCAUACUUACUUUAGUAUAAUACACAUCUCUUCCAUGCUUACUUUGGUAUAAUACACAUCUCUUCCAUUCUUCCAUACUUACUUUAGUAUAAUACACAUCUCUUCCAUGCUUACUCUGGUAUAAUACACAUCUCUACCAUACUUACUCUGGUAUAAUACACAUCUCUACCAUACUUACUCUGGUAUAAUACACAUCUCUGUCAUGUUAAGCACAUCGUUAUUUUUUAUCAGGGUAGAAAGUCAGUGAAGUAUGAUGACUGUGU